UGCCGUCGGCGGCGCUGUAGCACGGAGCGGUCCGCGGGCAGCGGGAGGCGGCGGCAGCUCCUCCUCCUCCUCCUGCCGCCACGCCGGGGUGUGCUUGGCCGCGGCAGGCGGGGGUGCGCUGCGCUGCCGUGCCCGCUGCCCCGCGAUGGACUGGCAGGUGCUGACCAGAGAGCUGUCCCUCUACCUGGAGAGCCAGGUCCGCGUGGGGCUCUUCGGCUCCGGCGUGGGCUUGUCCCUGGUAUUGGGCUUCGGCGUCGCAUACGCCUGCUACUACCUCAGCAGCAUCGCCAAGAAACCCCAGCUGGUGGCCAGUGACGACCGCUUCUGCCGCUUUCUGGAGGAGCAUUGCCCUGUUGUGACAGAAACUUACUACCCCACGAUUUGGUGCUGGGAAGGUCGGGUGCAGACACUGCUGCGUCCCUUCAUCACCUCUAGACCCCAGGUGCAGUACAGGAAUGAGCUCAUUAAAACAGCAGAUGGAGGACAGAUUUCCCUGGACUGGUUUGAUAAUAAUGGCAGCUUAUGUUAUCCGGAUGCCAGCACAAGACCCACGGUCCUGCUGCUGCCUGGCCUGACGGGAACGAGCAAGGAAUCCUACAUCCUUCACAUGAUCCAUCAGAGCAGAACGCUGGGAUACAGAUGCGUGGUUUUCAACAACCGAGGGAUUGCUGGUGAGGAGCUCUUGGUAAGGAAGACUGCUCAGACACCAAGGACUUACUGUGCAGCUAACACCGAGGAUUUAGAGGCUGUUAUUGACCACGUGCACAGCCUGCACCCCUCAGCCCCGUUCAUGGCAGCCGGCGUCUCCAUGGGAGGCAUGCUUCUGUUAAAUUACCUGGGCAAGGCUGGCAGAGACACUCCCUUAAAGGCAGCUGCAAUUUUCUCUGCGGGUUGGAAUGUCUUUGAAUCUGUAGAAUCUCUGGAGAAGCCUCUGAACUGGCUUCUGUUCAACUACUACCUGACUACUUGCCUACAGUCCUCUAUCAGCAGGCAUCGCCAAAUGCUGGAGGAGUUGUUUGAUAUGGACCUGGUGAUGAAGGCUAGAACUGUAAGAGAAUUUGACAAGCAGUUCACUUCGGUCAUGUUUGGCUACCCCACGAUUGAUGACUACUAUGAAGAUGCCAGCCCCUGCCGCAAGCUGAAGUCAGUAGGGAUUCCAGUCUUGUGUUUGAACUCCGUGGAUGAUGUCUUCUCACCAGGCCAUGCCAUACCAGUGGAGGCUGCCAGGCAAAACGCCAACGUGGCUCUGGUGCUGACGUCGUGCGGAGGCCACAUCGGCUUCCUGGAGGGGAUCUGGCCCAGGAAGUGCACUUACAUGGACAGAGUCUUCAAGCAGUUCGUGCAGGCUGUGUUCGAGCACGGGGAGCAGAUCCUCAGCGCGUAGCCCGGGAGCGCGGCCGGGGGGCAGGGGCUGACCAGGGCACUUCAGCUUCGUGCACAGAUUUUAACUCCUGGAAGCCAGCAAAUGGAUGAAGUCCAUUACUACAUGCAAAAAUAUUUUUGGCCUAAGAUUUUGUAGCAAGAAACUAAAUAUUCUGCUGUCACUUUUGUAUUUAUUUUUAAUAUGCCUUACUAAGAAUGACCUUAAAUGAAACAGCAUCCUGCAUCCAUCCACCUGCACUUAACCACAAGCCACAAGCAAUCAGAUGCUAAUUCCUCAGCCUUUUAGUUGAAAGCAGUAGGUAGUGAGGAGACUUGAUUUUAGGUGGCUUUUGCUGUGGGAAUGGCAGCACUCAAACGUAGCAUAGAUUCUCCUGGCACACUUAGUAAGUAGGAGUUGGCCCUUUCCUUAGUGGUGAGAGUCUGAAAUGAUGGGAACAAAAGCAGCAAGGAGCCCAGGGAAGAACUGGUUCUCAAGUCCAGUUUUCAGCAUGGCUUUCUAGAGCAUCAGCCUGCUCCUGCUUUUGCUGCUCUGCUCUUAGAGUACUCCUAGUUAGGGCUAGCUGUGGGAUUUUAGACUAUGCCAAUGUCAUCCUUGUCUCACGUCACUGUUUUCUUCAACAGCUAAUUUAUAGUGUUUACAUAUAAUCAAAAGAGUCAUUUUAAACAGUACUGUAGCAACUCCUGUCACUCAAAGACAUCCUGCAUUUGCGAGUGGAUGUGAAGCUGGGUGUAAUGUCAUAGAACCUGAGGAUUCUCCCUGGUGUGUUUGUGGUACCCUGCCAGAGCACUUCAGUUUCCAAGAGUAAACACUGGAACAUCAGGAGAUGAUGAUCUCAUCUGCUUUAAAUUAAAGGAGAAAGAAAAAGGAUCCAAUCCUUUGUCUCUGCUGUGGUUUCAGAUCAUUUCUAAAGAGACUGUAGCCAGCUGCUUCAAGAGAGCUGGGCUGGAGGUGGGAGCCUCAUCUCUCUGCUUAAUCAUUUCUCAGCACCGCAGCAAGAUUUUGGCACUCACUGAAGCCUCUGCAAAGUGCCCUGGUGGCUUCUGUGGGGCUGGCGUUGGCCCUGCUGCUGUCCUCAGCCCUGAAGCAGAGCAGAGCUCAGAGGAAAAGGGCAGCUGGGCAGAACGUGUGCUGGAAGGGUGGGCAAGGCCUGGCCGAGGCCAUACUAAAUUCAAAAGGCAUUUCAGCAGCUUCUGUGGAGGUCCCACCUCGUGCUGAGCACUGCUUUGGGGCCAGGCACAGAGGAGGAGGCAGCACACAUGCCUCUGCAGUGGUGAGCAGGGUCAGCACAAGGACCUGUGGGUAAAGAAGCAAGUCAGGUGUUUGGUCUCAAGCGGCAGGUGAAGAGGGCUCUUGCAAGGCCUGUUCCCUAGGGACAGCCAAGGGAGAACAAAAUACUUAUGUCUUCAGGAAAAGCAAUUGGGCCAUGGCAUGGGAGAGCUGUUCUGUAAGCUGGAGUGGGCACUUAGAAAGGGCUUUCAGGCUCUGGCUUCUCAGACCAGCAUUGUCCCUUGCCCAGUUGACAAAGUCUAAGUGGUUUUCUCUCUGGUUAUGAAAAUGAGCACUUGUAAAACAGAACAGCUUCUGUGCAUGUUGCUGCAGUCCAUGAACCCAGUCUGCUAGUCAGGUGCCUUAUUUGUUCUUGCAGUCAUUUCCAGGCUUUCUGUUCAUCCAAAGCCAAGGAGCAAUAAAGUGUAUUGAGCAUCGUACUUGUAAAGCUGUUCGGGUGCAGCAUCCAGGAGUAGUCAGCAUGGAUUUACCAAGGGGAAUUCAGCCUUGACUAACUUGAUGGCACUCUAUGAUGCCAUAACUGAAUGGGUAGUUGCAGGGACAGCAGUGGGUGUAGUCUGCCUUGACCUUAGCUAGGCCUUAUCAUCUCCUAUGACAUCCUGGUGAGCAAGCUCAGGAAGUGUGGUAUGAAGAGCAGACUUGAAGUGGGUUAGGAACUGCGUACAAGAUAGAGUUCAAAGAGUGGUAAUCAAUGGUGCCAGGUCCAGCUGGAGAGCUGUCACCAGUGGAGUCCCCCAGGGAUCAGUGCUGGGGCCAGUCCUGUUCGGCAUCUUCAUCAAUGCCAUUGCUGAGGGCACAGACAGACAGACUCUGCUUAGCAGGUUUGCUGACGACACCAAGCUGGGAGGCUAAGGCUGAGACAGCUGCAGGCUGUGCUGUCAUCCACACAGAGCUGGACAGACAGAGCUGGGCACAGAGGAACCAAAUAAGGUUCAACAAGGACAAGUGCAGAGUCCUGCCCCUGGGGAGGAACAAAAAACUGCUCCAGUACAGACUGGGAGGUGACUGCUGGAGAGCAGCCCUGUGGAGAGGGACCUGGGAGUGCUGGUGGAGAACAUCCAUGGGCAGCAAUGUGCCCUGGGGGCCAAGAAGGCCAGUGGGGUCCUGAGGGCAUUCAGCAGAGUGUGUUCAGCAGAUCAAGGGAGGUUCUCCUCCCCCUCUACUCUGCCCUAGGGAGACCUCAUCUUGAGUACUGCCUUCACCAGUUGAAGAGGGACAGGGAUCUGCUGGAGAGGGUCCAGCAGAGGGCUAGGAGGAUGCUGAGGGGACUGGAGCAGUGCCUGUGGAGAGGCUGAGGGCCCUGGGGCUGCUUAGUCUGGAGAAGAGAAGACUGAGAGGGGAUUUUGCUGGGUUGGCUCUCUUCCAGGCCGUGCAGGAGAGGCAGACACCAGGCUUACACUAGUGUGAUGCAUAACAGUCACUCCAUCUGUUGAAACUCAGUGUGAACCUCUCUAGCGGGGCUCGGCAGAGGGGCCUGCACUUUGGUAGGCUUACACAGCAGAGAUGGGCUGGAUGGGCUGGAUGGGCUGUCCACACACGCAGAGGCAGACCUGACCAACUACUCCCCUUUGCAAGAACUUAGCCACAGCACUGCUUGCUCCCAGGGCUGAGCAGCCUACCUUCUCGUGCAGCUCAGAACUCCCUCAGCUUCUCUGCCAGCCUCCCAAGGCCACCCUUCUGCAGCUGUGCCUCCUCAUCAGUCCAGUUACUCAAUCCUGCCUGCUCUCCUUAUUUUCUCAGACUAUCCAGUUCUGCCCAAACCCUGACAGGAUUUAAUCAAUGUCUAUAACUCUCUGAGGGCUGGGGGGAGGGGGGGGGGGGAGGGGGACGGGGACAGGACAGGCUCUGCUCACUGCUCCCUGGGAUAGGACAGGGAGCAAUGGAUGGAAGCUGCAGCACAGAAGGCUCCAGCUCAGCACAAGGAGGAACUUCUUGACUGGAAGGGUCUCAGAGCCCUGGCACAGGCUGCCCAGAGAGGUUGUGGAGUCUCCUUCUCUGGAGCCUUUCCAGGCCUGUCUGGAUGUGUUCCUAUGUGACCUGAGCUAGAUUGUCCUGCUCUGGCAGGGGAGUUGGACUUGAUGAUCUCUUUGAGUCCCUUCCAACCCCUGACAUCCUCUGAUCCUGUGAUCCUGUGUUAAUAAAGGUAAAACCACUGACAUUAAAAGCAGACCUCACUUCCAAUAAAAGUAACAUGGUUAAUGGCA